CAUCUGUCCUUGUCCCGAUAGAGCGAAAGUGUCACUAGCACAUCUAUUGUUGCCAGCGCGUACUAAGCGUUAUCGGCGGGCGAUUUGAAUUGCCCGUAGUUACUUUUCUUUUAAAGUUUGAUUGCAUUUUUCGUAUUGUUUGUAAAUAUUCACAACAAUAGUUGCUAAUAACACUUUCUGAUGUUAGACAACUAUUGUUGCUGAAUAUUUACAAAGAAUACGAAAAAUAAAAUAUGAGAAUAAAUAAAGACAAUAAACUUGUAAUAAAAAUUUAUUAUCACUAGUCAAUAUACACGAUACGAUAACUAUAAACUAAUGAUUGAUCCAUCAAAUUAUUUAUAUUCCCACAAUAAAAAAGUUCAAAAAAGCACACACACGAAAAAAACCACAAAACAGUACUAAUUUCACAUAAAACAAAGCCGAAGGCGAACACCAAACAAACCAAGCACAAAAUGGCGAUUUACACAAUGGCAACUGUCACAGGUCCACUGUUAAUUUCUGCCGAUAUUAUAGGUAGCUUCGCUAAAAUUGACUAUACGUGUGUGCGACAUCUGCGAUAGCAAGCCGAACUACAGUCGAUUUUGAAUUUGGCGCCUAUACUUGGCUUGGUGCAUUUAGGUUUCACCACCCUGUGAAUGGCUUGUAACUGUCACUGUGACAGCUUUAACCUCACUUUGCAAAUUGAGCUUCACAUUUCCCGAUAAGAAUUAUCACUUAAACCGUAAACAAACAUUGAAUUUUCUACAAUUCAUCCAACAUGCGCCCAUUUUCGAAGAUGAACAAGCUGUUUCUGGGUGUGUGUGCGGCUUCGGGGGCCGCAACUUACUACUUUUUGAACGGUUCAAAUAAGACAGUUUACGCUUCUUGGACGUCGAAUUACGAGCCUUCGCCACAUGCCAGAUGGGACGAUAAUUGGGACCAUCGCUCGCCGAAAUUUUUAUCACACCCGAAAUACUCCAAAGAUGAGAAUAACAAUCAGAUUCAUAGCGAAAUUGAAUUAAAUAAAGCUAAGUCAGUCCGACAUUUGAUUCUGAUACGUCAUGGUCAAUACAAUGUUAAUGGCCAAACGGACGAAGACCGGACUUUAACAAAACUAGGGAAAAUUCAAGCUGAAUAUACGGGGAAAAGGCUCAAAGAGUUGGGUCUACCGUAUACAAAAAUAAUCAAAUCGACAAUGUCUCGUGCGCAAGAGACUGGUUCAAUUAUCUCAGUUUCUCUCCCCGACGUUCCGGUUAAAAACUGCGAUUUGUUGCGUGAAGGGGCCCCCAUACCUCCGGAGCCCCCGAUCGGGUCAUGGAAGCAAGAAAUGUAUAAGUUUUUCGUUGAUGGGGCACGAAUUGAGGCCGCUUUUCGUAGAUAUUUCCAUAGGGCUGCGCCCCAACAAAAGGAAGACUCGUAUACUGUUUUAGUGUGUCAUGCUAAUGUGAUUCGGUAUUUUGUGUGCAGGGCACUGCAAUUACCAGCCGAGGCAUGGUUGAGGAUGUCUUUGAACCAUGCUAGUAUUACUUGGAUUAGUAUUACUCCAAGUGGGCGCGUGGUCUUAAGGUGUUUGGGCGAUAGCGGGCACAUGCCGCCAGAUGUCGUCACUAGUCGAUAAAUUUUUAUCAUUCAAUAAUAAGCGCAAAAACACAUUUUUUUUAUUCAUGUAAAUGUAUUUUUAAGUAUUAUUUUUUUGCCUGGAAUCACUUUUUAUUUUUGAUUUUGUAACACCAAAUUAAAGAAUACAAAACUACAA